UCAUCUGGCCCCGCCCGCCCGGCGACUCUGCUCUUGUCAGAGCCGGCUCCAGCCAUGGUGCUGCCCUGUGUUUUGUAAGUUGGCAGCGAAGGUUCGGGACGUGGCGCAGGUGCCGAUGGCGGCGGCGGCGGCGGCGGCCCUGGCAGCGGCCGACCCUGCACCCGCGGUGCCGCAGGCGCCGGGGAGCGGAGGUCCGACCUCGCGCCGAGACUUCUACUGGCUGCGUUCCUUCCUGGCCGGAGGUAUUGCUGGGUGCUGUGCCAAAACCACAGUUGCUCCUUUGGAUCGAGUAAAGGUCUUAUUACAAGCUCACAACCACCAUUACAAACAUUUAGGGGUACUUUCUACACUUCGUGCUGUUCCCCAAAAAGAAGGAUACCUUGGAUUGUACAAAGGAAAUGGUGCAAUGAUGAUUCGAAUUUUUCCCUAUGGUGCAAUCCAGUUCAUGGCAUUUGAACAUUACAAAACGUUCAUUACUACAAAGCUGGGAGUUUCUGGUCAUGUGCACAGAUUAAUGGCUGGAUCCAUGGCAGGCAUGACAGCAGUUAUCUGCACUUACCCUCUUGAUGUGGUUAGGGUGCGUCUAGCCUUCCAGGUGAAAGGGGAACACACCUAUUCAGGGAUCAUUCAUGCAUUCAAGACAAUUUAUGCUAAGGAAGGUGGUUUCCUUGGAUUCUACAGAGGUCUGAUGCCUACUAUAUUAGGAAUGGCUCCAUAUGCAGGUGUGUCCUUUUUUACCUUUGGUACCUUGAAGAGCGUUGGGCUUUCCUAUGCUCCCACCCUGCUUGGCCGACCUUCCUCUGAUAACCCCAAUGUCUUAGUUUUGAAAACUCACAUAAACUUACUUUGUGGUGGUGUUGCUGGAGCAAUAGCACAGACAAUUUCUUACCCAUUUGAUGUGACCCGUCGGAGAAUGCAGUUGGGGACAGUCCUACCGGAGUUUGAAAAGUGCCUUACCAUGCGGGAGACUAUGAAGUAUGUCUAUGGACACCAUGGGAUUCGGAAAGGAUUGUAUCGUGGCUUAUCUCUGAACUACAUCCGCUGUAUUCCCUCUCAAGCUGUGGCUUUCACAACCUAUGAACUUAUGAAGCAAUUUUUCCACCUUAACUAAAAGAAAAAAUUAUGACUUGCAAUGAAGUUUUUCUCAGUAAAUUCUCAGAAGGAAAUAUAUAUAAAUGUUACCUUAAUUGUGAAGGAAACCUUACUUGAGGGGGCAUUGGCCCUGUUACAGGAACCACUGGGGUUUUAAUACUUGAUUUCUUUUGGUUUUUAAAAUCAUAGAUCAAACGUGCUGAGUGUAAUUUUUUUGUUUUGUUUUUGAUGGGAUCUAGAUAUGUAACCCUGACUGGCUUGGAACUGUGGAGACCUGGCUGGCCUCAGACUUGUGGCCAUCCUCUUGCCUCUGCCUCCCAAGUACUAAGAUUCUAGGCAUGUGCUACCAUGCCUGUUCUAACAUACUUUUUAAUGCCAAACACUAUACCUUAGAACCCUGAAAAAUCAUCUCACACCAAUGGUGGUAAUCUGUUGAUCAUUUUAAAGUACUACUUGGAUGGAGAGGUAGGUUCCUGUUGGAAUUCAAGAGACUGUCAUUAGUUUUACCACACUUCUUAAUUGUUAUUGUGAUUAUUGAGGUGGGGAGGGACUAGAAUCAAAUCUAGGGCCUUUUGCAUGCCAAAAACUAAGCCACAUCCCCAGCCUAUAAUUAUGAUUGUCUUUUUUUCUUCUUUUUUCUCAGUACUGGGGGAAUUGAACCCAUGGCCUUGCACAUGCGAAGCAAGCGCCAUAACACUGAGCUACAUCCCUAGCCCUUUUCUUUUUUAGUGAGGUGCUGGGAACCAAACUCAUGCAUGCUAAUUGCACACUACCAAUGGCCUACACCCCUAGCCCUCUUAAUACUGCUUGUUAUUUCCCCCCACCCCCUCCAUCCUUCCAUUCCUUACGCUGGGGAGUAAACUCAGGGUCUCUCUCACCUAUCUUGGUAGGUAGAUAAGCACUCUACCUCUGAACUACAUCUCCAGCACUCUGCCAUUUUGUAGUGUUAUUAAAUCAGCAGACUUAGUUUAUUGUAGCAGAAUGAGAAGUGAAUAUUUAAGUUCUAUGAAACAUAGAUAGCCAGCAACAAAGUAGUGUUCUUGUUAUGUUUCUUCUUAGAAUUCUUCUCCGGUUGAUAAAAGGAUACCCUUUUCUCCAUUGUUUUGAAAAGUUUUUCUUUAUUUUUAUUUUCCUUUCUUUGGGGAUUGAAUCUAGGACCUUUGUGCAUACAUGCCAGGCAAGUAGUGUACCGAUGACGGAGCCACACCCUCAGCUCUCUUAAUUUCUCAAUAAAAUUAGUAGUGUUUUAAAAAAGUAGAGACUUAAUCAGGUUCUGUUCAAAUGCUAUUACCAGGUACUUUGAUUUUUAAGAGUUUUAAAAAGCCACUAUAUUUCCCAAAGGCAGUAAUAAUGAACAUUAAAUCUCUCUGCUCUUAAAAGGAGAGUAGCAUUGUAGAUGUUUGUCUUAAAUCACUUGAUGUGUACUAGAAAAUUUAAGUGGACCAUGAAUAUAGCUGAAGCGAUGUUUCUAAAAUAUUAUGUCAAGAUACAAGUUCUUCCAUGUAAAGUAAGUUUAGUGUGUCAUACUCCUAAGUGUAAAUAUAAAACAAAUUUUAAAGAAAGUUGUUUAGAAUAUGUUAGAGCACUUUUUCUCUUUUGUUGUAAGCAUGAGACAUGGAGUAGAAGCAGUAGACCCUCUGUCUUUAGAGGUAGUGAUUUGUAGACUUGAUGUGAUUUUUAAGACAUUAAAUCUAAGCUGCUAAUGUUUUUUCUGCAUUUUUUUGGCCUGUAAAGAUUUAUUGUCAUAUCUUGGUAAAAAUGGGAUGAAUUAGUUUCAUUUUUAUAAUAUUUACUUUAAAAAUGAACCUGUACUUUGUGACUUUAAGUGUACCAGGAGUGGGAUAAAUCUGUUUAUAAAGCUCUUUUGUAUAUUUUUAUUUCUGGACCAUACUGUAGCUAAUUAUUCCAUUCAAUCUUAAGGUAAUUAAAACCUAUAAAAUAAAUAUCUCAGUUAUAUUAUCAAUAAAAGAGAACUGAAAAUAUUUUUAAAGUAAGAAAUUGCAUUCUAUGUCUGUUAUAAAAUCCAUAAGAUAUUAAAAGUAAAUUUUUAAUCCUUG